CCUGAGAAGGAUGAAUGUGCAGUCAGAGCGCCAUGUUGAACGGUGUGGGUGUCACACACACAAGCCCAGCAAACUAACACUAACGCUCACAUCAGCACACAACCUCGACCGUGUCUUAGAAAAUAAAGUUUCUAGAUCUCUCACACGAGUAGUUUGUACUUAUGCCGGGUGUUACCCCCGGUCAUCAUCGGCACAGGAGGUUUGGUAAUGGAGGAAUUCAUCGAGCUGGCUUCCUUCACUCUGUGGAAAUGGUUUUAACAGGCACACAGUAACACAGAGAAACUGUUCAAACGGAGAACGUGUGUUCGAACUAUUGCACAACAGACUUCCUUUUUUUUUUUUUUUUUUAGCAAAACUGAGGUUUUUUUUUUUGUUUUUAAUUCUCAAGGAUUUUAACACUACACGCCACCAUGCCAAGCUCAACUAUUCGGAGACAAAUGAAAAAUGUGGUAAAUAACUAUUCAGAGCCGGAGAAGAAGGUCAGGGAAGCGACUUCCAAUGACCCGUGGGGCCCCUCCAGUUCUCUCAUGUCAGAGAUCGCCGACCUCACUUACAAUGUGGUGGCCUUUUCGGAGAUAAUGAGCAUGAUUUGGAGGAGGCUGAACGACCAUGGAAAGAACUGGCGGCAUGUGUACAAGGCCCUGACGCUGCUGGACUACCUGAUCAAAACGGGAUCUGAGCGAGUGGCCCUCCAGUGCAAAGAGAACAUCUUUGCUAUACAGACGCUCAAAGAUUUCCAGUAUAUUGAUCGGGACGGCAAAGACCAGGGCAUCAACGUCAGAGAGAAGUCUAAGCAGCUGGUUGUGCUACUGAAGGAUGACGACCGUCUGAAGGGUGAACGCUCUCAGGCCCUGAAGACUAAGGAGCGGAUGGCACAGGUGGCCACCAGUGUGGGCAGCAACAAUCAGAUCAGCUUCGGCCGUGGUUCCAGCCAGCCCAACCUCUCCACCAGCUACUCGGAGGAGUAUGGCAAGUCUGAGGGCUCACCUGCAUCAUAUCAUGGAUCAACAUCUCCCAACGCGUCUUCAGAGUUGGAGCAAGCCAGGCCUCAGACGAGUGGAGAAGAAGAGCUACAGUUACAGUUGGCUCUUGCCAUGAGCCGAGAGGCCGCUGAGCAGGAGGAGAGGAUGCGUCGUGGGGAUGACCUACGGCUCCAGAUGGCUCUGGAAGAAAGCCGCAAAGACUCCUCCGCAGGGAAAGUGGCCAAGAAGAAGAAAGAGCCUGCACAGUCAUCUCUGAUGGAUCUGAUGGACACGGUUCUCGAGGGCCCUGCCGAUCAAGCGCCGGACCCUUGGGGAGCAGGGGCGGCGGCGGCGGCGGCAGCAGCAGCAGCAGGUCCAGCCUCAGACCCCUGGCAGUCCUACGGUGCAGCCCCUAAGCCAGCUGCUCCUGUGGAUCCCUGGGGUCUUCCCAGUGCCUCUUCCUCAGUUGCUCCUGUGAAAAGCAGUGACCCCUGGGGGUCGACCCCAGCUCCUGCAGCUGCUGAUCCCUGGAGCCCAAUGCCUGCCACCCGCCCUAAAGCCCCUGCCACAGUCGGUGGCUUUGAUCUUUUCUCCACAUCGAAUGGUACUUCCAGGGAGGACCUCUCUGAGUUCGACAGUCUUCGCUCCUCAGCAAUGACGGGUGAUGGAAGAGGAAGCUCUGCCUUGCCAUCGCAGACCAGCUUGUCUGUAGGCUCUGAUUUGUUUGACGUACCGAGCGGCCCAACCAGAAAAACUCCAGAGUCAUUCCUGGGUCCCAAUGCUGCUCUUGUCAACCUUGACUCUCUUGUCAGCAAGCCUCUCCAGCAGGCUCCAGUCUCCAACCCCUUCCUCGCUGGAGUCUCUGGUGCAGCUUCAGCCCCUGCAGCUCAGGUCAACCCCUUCCAGGUGAACCAGCCACAGCCACCCACCCUCAACCAGAUGAGAGUCAGUCCCAUGAUGGGCAUGAGCGGACAAGGCUUCAGCAUGGCCCAGAGAAGCAACGAGCCCUUGCCUCUGUCCUCAAUGCCCCCAGCCGGCCCGGUCUCCAUGGUACCAAUGGCCGGCAUGGCUCCUCUCGGGCCCGUGGGCCAGAUGCCAAGCAUGGGGAUCCCAGCUUCCAUGUCCAUGCCCCAGCCGCUCAUAAGCGGAGGGCUGCCGCCAACAGGCGCAGCGACACAAGCCGGCGGCACAACCAACCCCUUCUUAUUGUGAGGAACAACACUUGUCUCUCCAAACCUACACAGAUCUCUCUCCCAUACCCUUUCCUAUGAUACAGACAAUAUAGUCGGUUGUGUUCCCCCCUACAAACCUGUGUGCUAUUAAAAGACUUUUGGGAGUAGCAUUAGGUGUUUACAGGUUUUACACUGACAGGCGGCUCUCGUCCUCUCCUGUCAGAGAUUGGUACCAUACAACGAUUUGGUAUUCUUUUUCUAAAUUUCCUCUAAAGAAACCAUCAGCGAUUUUUCUUCCAGGGGGCAUCCUCCCGUUUCAAGGGGUCCUGUUUUUAAACUUCUUUUCGAUGGCUUACUUUUCUUAUCAGAGGCUUGAAACUAGGAGUACUGGUUCGUCUUAAUUUUUCUAAUUUUUAGUCUUCGAAAGCAGCGUGCUAGAUAAAGCUAACCCUUUUAAUCGUUCUACGCAGUGCAUAUACACUAUGUGUAUUUACAGUACGCUUGAGUAGACGCCGUUUAGAGGACUCUCUAUCAGUUUACAUGGAAAUGAUUUUGAUGUUCUAAGCAGGGAUUUUGCACAUGCUCUGAUUUCUCUUCUUUUGACUGUCGGCCCACCGUUAGUCCUUAGCGCGAGAAGCGAUGGGAAACCGUUCACUGAGGACUAGGUGGGAGUCUGCAAACUGCAUGUGUGAAUGGUUACAAACCUGAUGCAUUGAAAGAUGAACUUCAUACUGAAGUGGAGAGUUGUUCUUUCUUCCUUUUCUUUUUUAAUGCAUGACGGGGAGUUGGUUUGCAUAUCAUAAUACAGCUCAACUUUUAUACCGAAGCCUGUUUUUUACUGCUUUACAAUCCCUAAACGUUGUUUAUCGGGUGAAUGGGUUCUUUCGAUUUAGUACGGCUCACUAUUUGCACAGCUCCAUACUAAUGAUUAGUAUUCAUCCGCUUAGCCUUUGUGUAAGUGUCCAACAAUCUGAAAUGCGAUCAUUUCAGUGACGUUUCGAUUUGUAAUUUAUGUACGCGUGCGUCUGGAAGGAGCAAAGGGAAACGGGAGGAAAUUUGCGCUCGUAGAUCUUCAUCAGGUCCUGAUGCAUCUUACUGUUAUAACCGACAGCUGUAUCACUAAUCACUGCUUCCUAAUGCAAUCUGUUCAUGUACGUCGGGGGGAGAAAAAAGCCAAGCGUGUAACAGAGCUUGCCGUUAACAGUCCUCAGUUUUGUAUUCGAAGCUAACUUGCUUAUAGUGUUACAAGAAUGAGUGGACAGGUUAUAGCGUGGGAGGGGUCCUGUAAUAGAUUGUAUGAUUGAUUUUUAUUUUUGUUUGUCGAAUAUGUGGUAUAAAUGUAUGUUAGGGGUCAUAAUGCAUCUUUCUGCAGCUAGAAACCUGCGGUUGAUUUGCAUUCUUCUUCUGUAUUCAUAAUUGGCCACGGUUUUAUCAUUAAAUGAGAAUUAGACUGAGUUGUUUUGAUCGCAAUUAAAGCGAGUACGCCUAGACUUUGUGUGGCUUGCGGUGUCUACACUUUUAAUUCAACCAGUUAAGCACAAGAUGGCAACAUUGCCACCAAUAGUAGUUACCAAAGUGACAUUGCUUGUCCUUUUUGCGGUCGUGACUACACAUUUAUCUCUUUUCAGUUGUUCCCCAGUUAUUAUUCCUGCUUUUUUUCGAUUUCGGCUAGAGUUUUGACUCUACGGUUUCUCUCAUCUGUGAGCUGGUGACCUCUGCUGGAAAUAUUGUGGUAGUACUGCCCACGUGCAGCCUUGUAGCAGAGCCUGGGUGUGUUAUGGUCAAUAAUCUGCAGGCAUACUCAGGCAUUUUGGGGGAUGGGGGUGGCUAAGACAGCUUUAAGAUGUAUGUAAUGCGCUUUUGAUGGUUUAAGCAGGCACCGAUCCUGCACAAAACAAGACUCCCUGCUAGUGAACAUCACUGUACUCGAUUAUGCAGAUUAGUUUUAUUUUCGAAUCCAUACGAUAUCUAGCUCAUUUAGUCUCGACCGUCUUGUUUUGCUGUUACUGUGUAUCACUCGUUCUUCUGUUACUAUGUACUCAUUAUGCAUUUAUUGUGGAGGACUAACCUUGUGAACAUGCAUAACAUUUUAUUUUAUUUUUUUUUCCAUGUUAUUGUGUCUGUGUAUUUACCAAACUGUCUCAUAUUACUGGGAGCAGGCUGCUUUUAUGGAUAUGUGCUCAACUUGUUGGCAUUAUAACUGUAUAAUAUAAUUUAUCAUCUGUACUAUUGUAACAUAUUGUUGUGUACCUUAUUUCUGUGUAAUGGUUUUGUAGGAAAGUCACAGGAAGAGUGUGAUGUUUUAUUGCCAUCUAAACCGCAGCAAGUGAUAAAGGACCUGUAGCUGCAGUGGUAAAACAAAUAAAUUGUAUCAAUGACUUUU